AUGUCAUCUUCCAACGAAUCCCUCCCCAUAACCCCCCAAGCUUUCGCCGCAGCUCUAGAAGACCUCCCUGUCUCGGCCCUGCAUCUCAAAGUGCUUGAAAUCUACAACUCCAUCGCCCACCUCAAGUACUCCAACGAGCAGCUGCGGCCCUUCGCCGAAGGUAUCGAGGCCCCUCUCGGCUCCAGCACCGGCGGCGAGUCAGCGCAAAACCAACCCGACCCGGACUGCGUGGAAGCCAUCCGCGAGAACGAGCAAGUGAUAGUCCGCAUGGAGGAGCGCGUCCAGCUAAUCAAGAACGAGGUCGAGCGCAGGGGGCUCAGUUGGACCGAGUUCGAAAGGAAGGACGAAGAUUCGGACGAUGAGGAGCAAGGACAACCGAUGACGAAUGGAACUUCGACGACGACAACAACGACACAGCACCCUGCUUGGAUGGAUGGGACGUUUCAGACUGGAGUGAUUAGGAAUGGAGAGAUUGUCAUGGAUGAUGUUGCUGGGUCGAGGAGACAGCAAGAACAACAAGGUGGAACUGGUACUGGUGCCGGUGCUGGUGGCUCGCUGAGUGACGAGGAGCUUAGAAGGAGGAUGGAAGAACGGCUACGGGACUUGGGAGGGGAAGGUGACGAGGAGGAGGGCGGUAUGCACCUGUGAAAGGCAAGCGACGGGAGUAGGGGACCGAAGGAGGAGGAUAGGGGUUGAGCACCGUUAAGAGGUUACACACGACUUGUCAUUUGCAGCAUGGAUCGGCAGACUGACGAAUAAGUGACUUUCUGAUGCAUUUCUUGUUAUUCAGUUACCAAGACGCCUCAGGGCUGUGAAGGUUGAUUAAACAGAUGCUACAAGAGCAGGAAAAGGCAAGACAUCGUGCGAAAUCUUCAGAAUUUUCAUUUUUUUUU